AUGGUAGAUUCAAAACAAGUAUUAAAGUUAUACAAAAACUUACUACAAAAAGCAUAUAAAUUUGAUAAUUAUAAUUUUAAAGAAUAUACAAAAAGAAGAGUACAUGAUAUGUUUAAAGAUCAUAAAGAUUUAAUAGAUGAACAACAAAUAAAUCAAUUUUAUAAUGAUGGUAUAAAUAAUUUAGCUUUAUUAACUAGACAAACUACUAUUUCACAAAUGUUUACUUUUGAUAAAUUAGUUGUUGAACCUUUGAAGAAACAUAAAUAA